UACGCUUACGCAUCCUUAUACUUUAACUAAUGUUGAAUAACAAAAUACUUAAAACCAUUUUUAUAACUUAAAUAUCUUCAAUAAGUUUAUCAAUUAACGUUUUCCUACUUAAAAAAGUUAAAAUAAAGCUUAGAACAUCCACACUCACUAAAAAGUCAACCGCCUGUAAAGUUGCCAGCGGCUGUUCCUUACGUGAUAAAUAACACAUUGUUUUUUGUUUUAUAAACUGAACUCGUAUUGAAAUGGAUUCAAAACCUCACAUGAUCGAUACUUAUAGCAUAAAAUAUGAAGAAAAAGAAGUCGAGAAACGCGACACCUCAUUGGACAUAAACUUAUGCAAAAAAAAGUACGCCGAGUUAGGCGCGAUCUUCGAACAAGUCUUGAAACUAAAAAAAGACAAGUCAACAAAGUCUGCCGCAGAAUUGAAAGCUAAACGCCAUGAAGCUUCAUUGAUGAUUGUGUUGUUGAAAAAGGUUAAUCGACUGGAGAAGUAUCGAAUUCGCACUGGACGGGAAGUUUUGCAAAAAGAGAAACUCCGCGUGGACAACAAUAGACUUCACCUCCAAAAUCUUCUCUAUGAGAUUAGUUAUCUGAAGAAAGAAAUCCAACGUUGCUAUCAAUUCACAAGCUGUGAUGAGUACAUUAAUCUUGUUUCGGAAGCUGAAUUCUAUGAAAAAGCUCCAUUGUCUAUAUCACGACCCGAAGCAACAAAGGUUUCGGAGCACAUUAAGAGAUUAGCAAUGCUUGAAUGGGAGCUACAGCAACGCAAGGAAUUAUCGCUGCUGUGUGAGGACUUGGUAUGUCGCAAAGAUAUUGAGAUUAAGAAAAUCUCGAGCACAAACGAGCGACUAGAAUCAUUUGGGCCAUCUCUAUCAACGCUACUCAAAGCUACCAAGCGUUUGCAGACUAUUUUGGGUCUCGACAUAGAGAAAGAGUGGGAAGUGAAUGGCAUCGCUAAGCUCCUACCGCAGUCAUUGUACAUGUUGUACAUGAAGCUUUCUUCCUUUGCCCAGUCAUUUUGUCCUUCUUUGAAUGUCACUGUAGAAGGCACAGAAGAAGACGUACGUCAGUAUGAAUUAAAUAAGGGCGAAGAUGAGUCUCAGGACUACGAACAAAAUAGUGACGGAGAGGAAGUCGAAUCGAAGCGAAAGAAACACUCAAACAAAUCUGAGAACACUGAAAAGAAAACGAAAAUUAACUUCGAGCCCUUUCCGUUGUUAAUCAAAUUCACUAUUAGUCGGUGUGAAGAACCAAAAGGAAAUAUUUCAAUCGAAGUCAGGUAUUUCCCAACUCUGGGUUUCGCUACAGCUGCGUCUAGCUUGAAUAUGGAUAACUUGCCCAUGACGGAUGUUAUUUCAUCGGAGAACAUUCUCAACUACUUGUACGAGGCUGAUUCCGGUGAUAUAAACCCAUCGUUGAAGUCGAAAUACCAGCUCCAUGAAAUAAUGGGAAAUGAAAAGGAUUGCCUUAAAUGUCUCGAAGAAAACAAGCAUGGAAAACCCUAUAAAUGGGUUCAAAAACUAUGUGGCUUAGAGUUUUUCGAUCAUGUUCAAGCCAAUGAACCACAAUCAAACACAGAUAAGGAUGUAACCGUUGGGGAAAUUAUCAAGAAAAUCAAAUCUCAAUGGAGUUCCCGAUUGAACUUGUACAAGCAACUUUAUCAGUUGGAGAGCAAGAGUAGUAAUAUAUUCUUGAAGAAGUUCAACUUUAUCAAUGUUUCGUUGUGCAGCAGCAUCACACUGUGGGCACCAAUCACCUGGGAAGACUUUUUGCAGAAGAACUCGCAGCACAUGUUGAGCAAGAAGAAGUUUUUGAAACCUGGAAAUUUACUUUAUCGUGCUGUCAUAACCCGAGGCAGCAAUAAACUAGAGUGCUUUAUAAGCAUUUCACCAAACUUCCCAACGAAAUCUCCUGUUUGGACAUUCUCUGUAUCAAUGGAUAGUAAGAACGCAGCUAGCAGAAGUACUGCUAUCAAAGACAUGGAAUACUGGACGAACUCGCUGAUUCAGUCACAAUUGAAGAGCAAGUCGUCGUUGUUGCUAUCACAGAUGGUUCGAACUCUGUGCAGCUUUGAUAUAUUUGUCGAAACGGAGGCGUCUGAACAGAUAUUGCCGGAAUUUACACAGGAUAAGGUUAUGUUGAAAUCACACUCGAAACGGAACAGGGGACUUCCGCUGAAAUAUCUUAAAAAUUCUGUCUUUAAACACUUUUAACUUUAAAAAACUUAUAAUUACAUAAUUUCUUUAAGAUCAGAAAUACAAAAACAAUGUUCACUUUUCAA